AGCCUAAAGUUUUAGUACAAGUAACGAGAUUGGUAUUUGGUAUUAUUUGAACAAAUUAUAGGUAUAGUGUCUAACUUCUUUCAGAUAAACACACCCAGCACGUCAUCUCCCUCAAAUAACAUCUUCGCGAUACCUACCUACAUGACAAGUACAGAAUCAAUUAAAUCCAAUUUCAACCAUAUCCCUAACUACAACUAACAGAAACAAAAAAAAUGGGACGUUUUGGCGAAAGCCAGUCGGCGUAUAUGGAAAUUUACCAGUUUCACACCAGACUGGAAAAGGCUCUGGACGCUGCCAAGUUGGUGCUAAAUGAAGCCCGCGAGCCCUGUUUCCUCGCUGACGCGCCGCAUUCGUUUGCAGACACCUUUCGAUUGGCGGAGACAUGGACUAAUGCAGCACUUGUGUCAGUUUUGAACGCCUUGUGCGAACUCCGAGCUAUGGGGUGCGUUGAGGAGGAGUUUGACGACAAAAACAAGAGGGACGGUGACUUGAAAAAUCCUGGUGCAGGAAGUGGUCGUGAAUCUGAUGCAGUAGUUAACGGUGGUCAAGAUAACGGGGAUCAUGGGAUGAAUCGAGGAAAAGCAACAACUUCUGCUGGACAAGGUCCCCUCGAUGUUGAAAAGAUUCUAGCUCAGUUGUGUGCAUUACAAGAACAAGGCUCGAACACAACUUUGACGCUAUCAUCUGCAUCUGCUACAGGAGAACAGCAAAAAGCAUCCAAGGUGGUGUUGCGAUUUCGGCGGGCGAUGAGUUGCAGCUACUUACGCAAGGAAAAACGUGAGGAGGAAAGCGCGAGCAAGACCAAGAUCGUACAGGA